AUGGCCACACUUGCAGAUAUUGGGCUUGCGGCUGGGUUGAACAUUCUGAGUGCGUUUAUUUUCUUUGUGGCAUUUGCUAUUCUGAGGCUUCAACCUUUUAAUGAUCGUGUGUACUUCCCAAAAUGGUACCUGAAGGGUCUAAGAACAGAUCCUGUGCACGGAGGAGCAUUUGUGCGCAAGUUUGUCAAUUUAGACUGGAGAUCAUAUGUUAAGUUUUUGAAUUGGAUGCCAGCUGCACUUAGAAUGCCGGAGCCUGAACUUAUUGACCAUGCUGGAUUGGACUCUGCUGUUUACUUGAGGAUUUACUUGAUAGGACUUAAAAUCUUUGUUCCAAUAGCAUUCCUGGCAUGGGCAGUUCUUGUUCCUGUUAAUUCCACAAGCACCGGGCUGGAAGGCGCGAAAUUGGACAACAUAACCGCCAGCGAUAUUGAUAAACUCUCGAUUUCAAAUGUUCAUAAAGAAUCUCAAAGGUUUUGGGCACACAUUGUAGUUGCUUAUGCAUUUACCUUUUGGACAUGCUAUAUUUUAUCCAAGGAGUAUGAAAAAGUUGCCGCUAUGAGAUUGCAAUUUCUUGCGUCAGAAAAACGUCGCCCUGAUCAAUUUACGGUACUCGUUAAAAACAUUCCACCAGAUCCUGAUGAAUCUGUAAGUGAGAAUGUGGAGCAUUUUUUUCUGGUCAAUCAUUCGGAUAACUAUCUUACUCAUCAGGUUGUUUAUAAUGCAAACAAACUAUCAAAGUUGGUUAAAAAGAAGAAGAAGUUGCAGAAUUGGCUUGUAUAUUAUCAAAACAAACUUGAAAGAACCUCAGAAAGACCUCAAAUAAAGACUGGUUUCCUCGGUCUUUGUGGAGUGCAAGUAGAUGCGAUUGAUCAUCACAACACUGAAAUUGACAGAUUGUCAAAAGAAAUAGCUUUAGAGAGAGAUAAGGUCACCAAUGAUCCCAAUUCUGUCAUGCCUGCUGCAUUUGUUUCAUUUAAAACUCGAUGGGGUGCUGCAGUUUGUGCACAAACCCAACAAACCAGAAAUCCAACACUGUGGUUGACUGAGUGGGCUCCGGAGCCACGUGACGUCUAUUGGUCUAACUUGUCGAUUCCUUAUGUUUCCCUCACUGUGAGAAGGUUGAUCGUAGGUGUUGCAUUCUUUUUCCUCACCUUCUUUUUUAUGAUUCCAAUUGCAAUUGUACAAAGUCUUGCAAGUAUUGAAGGAAUCCAGAAAAGAGCGCCAUGGUUGAAUCCUAUUAUUAAUAUUGGUUUCAUUAAGUCAUUCAUUCAAGGUUUUCUACCUGGUAUUGCAUUGAAGCUUUUUCUCAUCUUUUUGCCAACAAUAUUGAUGAUCAUGUCAAAGUUUGAAGGCUUUGGGUCUAUUUCAUCUCUGGAGAGAAGAUCAGCUUCUAGAUACUAUAUUUUCAAUCUUGUUAAUAUAUUUCUUGGGAACAUACUUACCGGAACAGCAUUCGAACAGCUGGACUCUUUCAUUCACCAACCAGCCAAUGAAUAUCCUGUAACAAUCGGCACUGCAAUUCCUUUGAAAGCAAGUUUCUUCAUCACUUAUAUAAUGGUUGAUGGAUGGGCUGGUAUAGCUGCGGAGGUUUUGAUGUUGAAACCGCUAAUCAUAUAUCACUUGAAGAAUUUUUUCUUGGUAAAGACCGAAAAGGAUAGGGAGGAAGCUAUGGAUCCUGGGAGUAUUGGUUUCAACACUGGAGAACCUCGAAUACAAUUGUACUUUUUGCUGGGUCUAGUCUAUGCUGCAGUCACACCUACUGUUCUUCCUUUCAUAAUAGUUUUCUUCGGGCUGGCCUAUGUUGUCUUCCGUCAUCAGAUAAUCAAUGUUUAUAAUCAAGAGUACGAGAGUGGUGCAGCAUUCUGGCCUGAUGUUCAUUUUCGUGUCAUUAUUGCGCUGAUAGUGUCACAGGUAGUUCUGAUGGGACUCCUGACCACCAAAAGGGCUGCUUCAUCAACUCCAUUUCUAAUUGUACUCCCAAUACUUACCAUAUGGUUCCAUAAAUACUGCAAAGGCCGGUUUGAACCUGCAUUUGUUAGAUAUCCCUUGCAGGAAGCAAUGAUGAAAGACACAUUGGAACGAGCCACAGAACCUAACCUGAACUUGAAAGCUUACCUUCAGAAUGCCUAUGUUCAUCCAGUUUUCAAGGCCAGCCUCGGUGAGGACGAUGACGAAGACGAAGAGACUAUGAGUCUGAAGUGGGAAAGUGAGAGUAUUACUGUGCCCACAAAACGGCAAUCAAGAAAGAACACACCAUUGCCUAGCAGAAUUAGUGGUGCAUCAUCUCCUUCUCUCCCUGAUGCCAUUCGAAAUCAGCCAGAGCCAUAAAUCAUGGACCAAGGAAUGAUAUCAUCGUUGUUGAACCAACCACAACAUUGGCUAAGGUUGGAUGUGUGUUCACAUGUAACAUAUCUAUUGACACGUGAUUCCAGCAUAAACUGAGAAAGCUGAGUGGUAACAAGCUGGUGUUGCACUUUGUGAUCGGCAAGAACAAAGUUUAAAGUAGAGAUUCUUUGAUGAUAUUUCGGAUUUUGUUAAUAGAGAAUUUGUUCCACUGAUGUAGCAUAGUAGUUAUACUUUCAAAUCUGUAUGACCGCAGAAUGCUGUAAAUUAUCCAAAAACUCAUCAUGGUUUAAGAUUCUGUGAAUAAUUUUCUCGCUUUCUUUACCUUUGACUCUUGUACUUUUGCACAUCUUUAACACUCAGUCACCUGGUUCCGUUGUGCUCA